UGUUGACGAAACGGACUGUCGUCGACAUGACAUGAUCCCUGCACUGGGCUGGACUCGUAUACCAGGACCAAUGCCAGGCCCCGAUCGCUAUGCGAGGUACCCAUCACAUCGGUGAUCUGGUACAUUCUCAAACCCUGAAUGACAGGUCCUUUCAUUCUUUGCUUUACAUGAACCUUCGCUGGUCAUUCUUGGUUUCGCAAACGAAGGGUCCCUCCUCUACAUCAAAUCCUCUAGGAUUGUUCGAACGGGACACAUGCAGGCGGUCCCAUCGGCCAAAUCCACUUUGCUAUUGGCUGCUGACAAUGUACUCCCGUACACCAGAACCGUAUUCAAUCCAUCGUAGCCGCAACACGUCGAUAUGUCAUCAAUUAACAUGGCACCAUUCAACUUUGCCAGUGCAUGAGCUUCCACUGCACCGAUGGUCAGUAAUUGAUAACAGAUGCCCUGCAAGUCCGGCCAAUUACAUACUCGAUACCUCAAACUCGUCGGGACUGGAAUAUGUCGCCAAGAUUUCCACCAGAACAAGCCUUUCUUGGCCACGACCGCUGGCAAGUGGCAGGAUCCGAGUGACGCUUGCGCAACGCGAAAAAACAACCAAGUCGCAAGGUGGCGCAAUCCCAUAUCUCAUGCAACCCCAACUCAAGGCCCAGCAAACGCCAGCUACAUGCGCGAUGUAGGCCAUGAGAAGCCGCUCUGCGCCCACUUCAAUGCCGGAUGACAGGUAUCAGGACACAGUCAAAAGUGCAUCAAAGGGGACACGGCACAAGCGGCUAGAUUUGCCCUUCCCCAGAGGCUAGUCCAUCGGGCGAAAUAGCCCCGAGCACCUUAUUCCUUCCUCAGCCUCCUUUAGUACAAUAGGAAAACACAUUUAUG